AUGGUCCGGAAAACUGUCCAAAGACCCCGACAGGUCACCACAGACGCUGCAAAGCGUAUCCGGCCAGGAAUAGUGUCUGCAUUUGGUGCAGGAGGAGCCCUUUUUGCAGCAUCAAUUGGCGGCUUUGGCCCUGAAAAAGUGCAUAUUUUUGACACUCACCGAAGCAUCCAACGCACAAGUAUAACACUCGAUAAAGGGUUUAUUUGCCAAAGUCUUCUAUGGAUCGAAAUCGACGGUAUAAAACAAAGAGAAAAACAAAGUAAAAAAGCCAAAAAAGAGUCCAAAAAUACUCAUAAAAACGCCAAUAAAUCCAAUAAUUAUACACAUACACUGCCAACUACUGCAGACAUACUUUUAUGUAUUGGACUGUCAAACGGUGACAUUCUUGUUUUUUCAACCACUCAGGAUAAAGUUAUCCUAAGGCUUUCUGGUGGUCAUACUGGAGAUGUCUAUGGACUUGCUUUCUCAGGUGAUACUCAAAUAUGGAGUUGUGGUGCAGACGGAAAAGUAGUACAAUGGGAGCUUUUUGAAUCAAAAAUACUAAGUACAUCGACUGUCUGUACAGAAAGCCUUUUAGCACUUGUAUAUAGCGAUAACGAGGUUAUUGUGUCUUCGGACACUCUCUAUGUGUGUCCAGUUACAAGGGGAAGAGAGGGUGUCCUAAAUAGUGGUAUCCAUGACAACGAUAUGUCUGCAGAGGAUCUCUGUAGAGAGGGUCUUUCGAAUAUACAGACACUCAGCGAAUGGGUAAGCAUAGGAGCACAUGCAGAAGUAGUCAAUGCAUUGGCACUGUGGAAAGAUGGAAAUGGGGAGCGACGUGUUGUCUGUGGGUCAGUAGAAGAGAGGUUUAUCAGUGUGAUAGGAGACGAGGGCUGUCUUGGCGUGCUAGUAGCAGAAGACGGUGUACGGCGGAUCUUUACACUGACAUCAGUCUAUAAAACAGAGACACAGGAGGGGAGCAGUGGUAACCAAGGAAACGAUAACCUAGGUAACGGUGACCAUGGUGACAGUACACACGUGACCUCUAUGGUUGCCGUGGUAACAAUCACUGGAAGAGUCAAUGUCUUCAGAAACAUUCUGCAGCGGAAAGGCAAAGAGCGUACACAAGCACCGGUUCUAAAGAUACACGUAUUGAGGGAAAACGGAGAAGAAAUCGACAUUAUUGAUGCAUGCAUUGAAGACAGUAGUUUGCUUAUUGCAGCAACGACCGGUGUUGGAUUUGUCUUUGAGCGGGUUAUAUAUCUCGACAAAGGAGUGUUGAAAGAAGGCGACCUGUAUGUGCAGGUUACGAGUUCGAAUCUUGCUGGAGUAUAUGUAAAUGGUAAUAGGGAUAGGGUUAGGGCGUAUAACGAUGCAAACGCAGUGGUGCUUGACGGAGACGAAAUAGAUGAACAAGAGAGUGAAGAGGAGUCAAUUGAGGAAAUUGGGAGAAAAAAAGAUACAGACAAUGGUUUAAAUAAGGACUUAAAUAAGGAUCUAGAAAGAGAAUUAAAUAAGGAAUCAACUGUGGGAUCAAUUGAGGAUUUAAAAGAAAAUUUAGAUGAAAAUUUGAGCAGACGAUCAGCUAAAGGGUUAGAUAAAGAGUUAAAUGGACGUUUAAAGAAGCGUUUAAAUAAGGGGUUAAAUAAGGAUUUAUUUGAGGAUUCAAUUGAACCUUUGAAUGAAGCAAAAAAACUGAAUAAGCAAGAUGAACCAGGUGAAUUGGGUAGAUCUAGUGGAUCAGACAGCGGAAUGGAAGUAGAAGAGGAUAAGGGUCAUGAUACAAGAGGAAGUGGGAAAGAUAAUGGUCUUUUUUUGGAUGAUAAAAGGAUUUCAGUGCGUCAGAAAGCAAGAAUAGAUAAAUUGAAGGAGCAGACGCUUGAAGAAAGGCUUGAGGCGCUUGAAAUGAAGGGAAUAGAGGCAGAAGAAACAGCAGUACAACUGCCAUCAGCGAGUUCAUUGGCUUCAGUGCUUGUACAAGCGCUGCAAUUGAACGAUAAGGUUUUACUAGACUCAUGCUUGAACUGUGGGGACUCAGAGACAGUUUUGGAGACAGUAAAGCGACUGGAAUCACCAAAAGCAGUGGAAUUGCUUAAGCGAAUUGCAGAACGUCUUUCCAGACGCCCAGGAAAGGUAGCAGUGCUGAAUGUGUGGAUUCGGUGGACGAUUAUUGUCCAUGGAGGGCAUCUUGUAGCGUUACCGGAUCUUAUGAAAACACUUUCGUCUUUACAAAUAGCACUACAACGCCGUGCAUCGGCAUUGCCGAAAUUGCUUGCACUUCAUGGUCGUUUAGAUAUGAUAAAUGCACAAAUCAGAUUAAGGAGGGAGUCUAGUUUGAAAAGCGAGGAAUCCGAAUCAGAAAAUGAGUAUAUUGAAGAAGACAGUGAUGAAGAAAUGUUAGCCAUUGAAGAAACCAACCAUAUUAAAACAUCGGAGGAUGAUAACACUAAUAAUGAAACAGAAGCAUCUGAUUAUGAAACUAUAGAUGAUCAUGAUUCAGAAGAAUCUGGUGUGUCAUUGGAUGGGGUAUCAAGUGAAGCAUCAAAUGAUGAACUGAACGAUAUCAGUGAAUCAAAUGACAACAGUGACACAAAUGAUAUUAAUGACGAAAAUGUUUCCGAAAGUGUUUCAGAAAGUAAUGACGAGUUAGUAGUAAAAAAAAGACGGGAAGAGUCAAAGAAAUGA